AUUUGGAUCCGUUCAGCUCCCGCGGAGAAGCGAGACCGGAUCACCGACGUGGGCAGAGGACUGCCGGGGGCCAGCAGAAAUUCUGCCCCUUCUUCCCGCAAGCGCUUUCCCGCCCUCCAAACCCCACUCCCAGGUGGCCAUGGCCUCAUCGCCCACUCGGGGCCCCAGGGUUUCUGACUUAUUUUCUGGGCUGCCGCCGGCGGUCACAACUCCCGCCAACCAGAGCGCAAAGGUCUCGGCGGGCAACGUGUCGGUGGCUGGCGCGGACGCUCCAGCCGUCACGCCCUUCCAGAGCUUGCAGCUGGUGCAUCAACUGAAGGGGCUGAUCGUGCUGCUCUACAGCGUCGUGGUGGUAGUGGGGCUGGUGGGCAACUGCCUGCUGGUGCUGGUGAUCGCGCGUGUGCGCCGGCUGCACAACGUGACGAACUUCCUCAUCGGCAACCUGGCCUUGUCCGACGUGCUCAUGUGCACCGCCUGCGUGCCGCUCACGCUGGCCUAUGCCUUCGAGCCACGCGGCUGGGUGUUCGGCGGCGGCCUGUGCCACCUGGUCUUCUUCCUGCAGCCGGUCACCGUCUAUGUGUCGGUGUUCACACUCACCACUAUCGCAGUGGACCGCUACGUCGUGCUGGUGCACCCGCUGCGGCGGCGCAUCUCGCUGCGCCUCAGCGCCUACGCGGUGCUGGCCAUCUGGGCGCUGUCCGCGGUGCUGGCGCUGCCCGCCGCCGUGCACACCUAUCACGUGGAGCUCAAGCCGCACGACGUGCGCCUCUGCGAGGAGUUCUGGGGCUCCCAGGAGCGCCAGCGCCAGCUCUACGCCUGGGGGCUGCUGCUGGUCACCUACCUGCUCCCUCUGCUGGUCAUCCUCCUGUCUUACGUCCGGGUGUCAGUGAAGCUCCGCAACCGCGUGGUGCCCGGCUGCGUGACCCAGAGCCAGGCCGACUGGGACCGCGCGCGGCGCCGGCGCACCUUCUGCUUGCUGGUGGUGGUCGUGGUGGUGUUCGCCGUCUGCUGGCUGCCGCUGCACGUCUUCAACCUGCUGCGGGACCUCGACCCGCACGCCAUCGACCCUUACGCCUUUGGGCUGGUGCAGCUGCUCUGCCACUGGCUCGCCAUGAGCUCGGCCUGCUACAACCCCUUCAUCUACGCCUGGCUGCACGACAGCUUCCGCGAGGAGCUGCGCAAACUGUUGGUCGCUUGGCCCCGCAAGAUCGCCACCCAUGGCCAGAAUAUGACCGUCAGCGUGGUCAUCUGAUGCCACUUAGCCAGGCCUUGGUCAAGGAGCUCCACUUCAACUGGCCUCCGAGGGCACCACUCGAGGUCAAUCUGGUGCUUAUUCUCAGCACCAGAGCUAGCUAAGCCAACAUAGGGCAACAUUUCCAGCCCAGCCCUCUUGUCCGGCUGUCUGUCUUGUCCUUGUGUCUUUGUAAAAUGUUAAGCCGGCUUUGGUGAGAGUCUUGCUCUUUGCUUGGGGGAGGCCAGAGAGAGGGAAGAGGAUUUAUUAUUUCUUCUUUAUGCCCUUGAAAGACAAACAAAACUUCUUCUCCACGUUCAGAAAAGUAUUUCAGAACCACGAUGGCCUUCCUGGCAUCCCCUCCUCCUGCUCGUUGGUGAAAUGAACAAUAUGAAUGGGAUUUAAAAGGAAUGCAUUGGGCUUGGUAAAGAUUUUCAGUUUGCCUUUAGAAAAAGGACCCAGCUGAGAGGACCCUGAUAUUGCUGAGUCCAUUUGAACCCUGGCAUUCGUAGAAUUUCAGGUAAAUAUGUAUUAAAAAUCUACAUCUAGGAUUUCAGCAUUUCCUCAAUAAGACCUUUAUAUGCCAAAAGGGUUUUCGUUUUAAAACCACUUGAGUUUAUAGUACAGAAACACCUACAAGCUCCCUUUAGAAAGGUCUUGCUAUUGUUUCUCCCCUUUCCUCCCUAACUACUAUUUAAAAAUGAUGAGACGAAUUAGUCAAUGAAGAGAUAAAAAGGUCCAAUUCACUUAAGAGGUCAUUUAAUUGUACCUAAGGACAGACAUCCUCUGUGUAUGUGUGUUUGUGUAUGUGUGUGUAUGUGUGGGUACACAUUCAGUGUUUGCCACAAAGUGGGCACUCAAAUAUUUGGUUUUCUGAAUACUCAAUGUAAACUGUGUAGUGUGGCAUUCUCUUGCAGUCUCUAAUUGCUCACUUGCAACAGAUCAACAGCUGUCAUCUGACUGCUCGGCACCUGCUCUGUAGUGAUUCUUGGAACAUGAUCAACCCAGAAAUCAAGGACUGGCAGAAGUUUACUUAAGGACAGAACAGAAGAAUAAGCUACCACCCACAUGAUGUGUAGAUCAAACACUAAUUACCUCCAGGGUUAAGGGAACAUGUGAAGACUGUGGAGCAUGAUACCAGGCUGAUAAUCAUCACCUUAACCUCCUGUGAGUUCUGUAAAUGAGGACAAGUGCCUUGGGACAAAGGUCUCCACACUGUUAGAAGAGCAACUUGGGCAGUGAGGGCAGGGGUCUUGGGAAAUGAUACAUAAUAUCCAGCUGUCAGAUCAGCCUCUGUGUUCCCAGUAACUCAGUCACCAUCUGUAAGGUUCAACUACUUUCCCAGCUCACUGAACACAAGAAUCACUGUUUCACUUCCUCCUGCUUCUCUUAUUCAGAAAUAAGCUCACUUAUUCAUUAAAAUGUGCCCUAAAAGGAAAGGAAAGAGGGAUGAUAUGGGAAUGACAAGCGUUUAAUCCUAUUACAUUCAUGUCAACAACCACGGUGGGAGUGGGAGUGAUCACGAUUGGGCUGGUUAGCAUAGGAAUCUUUAGUAGUUACAGGGCUAGACAUUUUGCACACAGUAAAGGGUAGGAAAGGCUGGUUUGGGAGAAAGGAAAAGGCAGGCAAAGAUGGGUAUGGAGGUUACCUCUGGCAAUGGUGCUAAAUGAACUUGAGCUUCAUCCGUGGAUUGGAGAACAAAGAACCUGUGUGCUAAUAGUGCAACCCACCCCUGUCCCAGAUGAGCUCAUCUCCCAGGCAUCCUGAGGACUGGCUCCUGUGCUUCCAGCAGCUAUAUUACUUGGGAGGCUCAGGGCCAGACAUUUCUCAUUUCCUCAGAGAGUUCCUUUGAUGGUCGUGUGUGGAGAGUGUAGAUGGUAGAGGGGAAGGAGAGGGAUUAUUUGGGGAGGGAUCUGAUUCAUCGUCGGCUCUUUGUUGGAAGGUUUGAAUCACUGGUUCUCAGCCCUGGCUGCUCCUAGAAUCACCUGGGGAACUUUUUUUUUUUUUAAUUGAUGUCUGGUUUCUCCUCCCAAGAGUCUAAUUGAUUUGAGAUAGUGCCUGGACACUAGCAUUUUCCAAAGCACUUCAGGGGAUUUUAAUGUGCAACCAAGAUUAAACACCUUAAGAAUUAUCCUUUCUAGGGCCGGGCAUGGUGGCUCACACCUGUAAUCCCAGCAUUUUGGAGGACCGAGGCAGGCAGAUCACAAGGUCAGGAGUUUAAGACCAGCCUGACCAACCUGUUGAAACCCUGUCUCUACUAAAAAUACAAAAAUUAGCCAGGCGUAGUGGCACAUCCUGUAAUCCCAGCUACUCGGGAGGCUGAGGCAGGAGAAUUGCUUGAACCUGGGGAGGCAGAGGUUGCAGUGAGCUGAGAUUGUGCCAGUGUACUCCAACCUGGGCUACAGAGCAAGACUCCAUCUCGGGGUGGGGGGGGGGUGGGGGCGGGAAUCCUCUUUCUAAUGAAUCUCAGAAACAUCCAAAUGAAGUUUUGGUUGCACCUGCCAAAGGUGUUAAUAAUUUGGAGUUGAAUUUGACAGUGUUACAUGUCAUACUUAGAGAAUACUCUUAGUCUUCAGGCAAUACCAGCUCAAUCACAAAGAGGCAAACUAUUGAAAUCAGAAUAUAUAGGGAUUCGUUCAACAGUUUACUUACAUAUUUCUUAUGUAUCAGUCCAAUCAAUUCAGAAGGAAUAUCAUCAUUCAACCUUAGGUCAAUUGUAUUAGAAAGUUACAUACCAUGGCCAGGUACCAUGGCUCGCAUCUAUAAUUCCAAAACUUUGGGAGGCUGAGGGGGGAGAAUUGCUUGAGCCCAGGAGUUCAAGACCAGCCUGGGAAAUAUGGCAAAACUCCAUCUCUACAAAAAAUAGCCGGAUGUGGUGGUGCACACCUGUGGUCCCAGCUACUUGGGAUGCCAAGGCAGGAGGAUCACUUGAGCCUGGGAGGAUCACUGGGCUGCAGUGAGCUGUCAUUACACCACUGCACUCCAGUCUCAGUGACAGAGCAAAAUCUAGUCUCAAAAAAACAAAAACAAAAACAAAAAACAACAAAAAACAAAUUUACAUGCCAGGAAUUAUUUUAAAUCCUGGUUGUCAGGGUGUUAGAAAAAGUGCUCCCUGAUUAGCUUAAGUUUAUAUCAACUAUGAAAAACAAGCAUCUCCAUUAAUUACUAGAAAAGUUGCCACUGGUUUCUGUCAUGCCUACAACUUAAGUUUGAAACACUUAUGUGGACUUAUAAAGAGCUUAAAGAGGUUGGAGAAUUAGAUUGUGCUUAUAAACAUCUUUACAUAUUAUGAAAAUCAGCAACUGAACAGCAAUUAAUUCUUACAACAUCUGAUAUCUGUUGUGGACUAGUUUAUAAAUCAAACCGAAUUUCAAAAAAAUCAGAGGUGAGUCCCAGAGAGAACUGUGUAGGAUUGUAGGUAGAAUAUUUUAUUUAAUAAUUCAUUUUGGUUAAUAUCAAGCAUCUAAGAUGUAUACACAGUCCUCUUCCUGCAAGGAGUAAUACAGGCAGUCAAGCUGGGAACUGAGCCAACUUGGUACUUGGCAGCAGCCCUUCUCAAGGCUGAUGGGAGGUUCUGUAAUCCUCUUUGCAAGCUUUGUCACCAGGUCUCACUUUUGGCAGCCAAUCAAUAGAUUUAUCUCGCUAAACUGGCAGAAGAGUGUUUCAAUGUAUGCUCCAACAGCUACCUGGAAAUAGCAAUUGUGAGAGAUGCUAAGUUAAGGAUAUUCCAGUCCCUAUAACCGUCUGAUUUUUUGUCCUUGUGAAUUUUCAAUCUGCUGUUUUACUGGGAUAGCUAAGUUCCAGGUUUAUUUUCUCAGGUAGGUUCACCUACGACCUCUGUCCUGUGGUUUGCAUUCCCGAACAUCUAUUAGUCUUUCAAAUGCAAGGCACAAAACUAACCUCAAGAGUGUGGCUAGAUCUGGGAGUGAACACAGGGCCUGUCCCUCACAGACGAGAGGUCAGGAGCACCUUUGUUUCCCAAGGCAGGUUGUUGAUUGAUUUACCUCCAUGUGUUGAUGUCUUUGCUAUGUAUAUAAAAUGCAUGUGUUGCUGAAUCACGUGAAGCUCUACAUGCUGGGGUUUAUACUGUGUUUGGCAUGUUGUGGGAGCUCAAUAAAUACUAAACCAGUUGCACAGUCUUCAGCCACAGGAUUGAUAAACCAAGCCAGUUAUACAUAUGGGGUAACUACACAACCUCAGGAUAGCCAGAGUCAAAGCAAGGAUAAAUCAUGUCAAGGAAAACAUGCUACUCAACCUAGAUUUGUCAACUCCACCUUAUUCCAGAGAUGAACUGUUCAUUUUGGUCUUCUUUGACCCCCUGCCCCCAACCUCAGUAAGGCCAGCAUUUAAAUAUAUGGCACCAAGCUCUCUACUCCGCAAGACGGCAUAUGCCUAAAUCCACGGGUCCAUCAAAAUGAGAGUAGAGAACUUCAUGCCUAAUUUCUAUACCUUCAUAUAUUGGAGAGUUAUUUAAAUGUUAGCAUUUUAUCACACAUUUCUCACAUAUAAUUUGGGAAGGUCUAACAACAUCCCACAUAUGGGUCUAUAAGCAAAAUCAUGAGGUUUCUAAAAUGUUCAUGAUGGAGUCAUAAAAAAGAUUUUUCGGUACACCUAAAAUACCACCCAAAAAUAGACAUAUGUAUACCUUUUCAGCGACCCAUUUAUCGUACAGAGUAAAAUAGUAUACAGAUGUGGGAAAUGUAAAAUAUUUGGAUGGAUGAGAGUUGCAAUCUUGAUUGUUAAGCCUAUACACUUUCCAGUCUUUGGAAACAGAAAGCCUUAUUUUGAAAACUGGGCAUGUACACUUCUCACAGGUUUUUGAAUUGUUUUUCUUUGCUUUUAACACAAUUCCUCUCCUUUUCCACUCUUUAUUUCUCAUGCCUUUUUCUGCUACUUUUUCAUAUUAUCUGUAUCUCCUCUUUAAGCCCCUUCUGCUUCAGUGAAGGGGAACUGGUGGGAUUCAAGCAUCCAUCUCCUGGUCAAUCACUACAAAGUGAAAGAUGAUGGCGAGAACUCCUGGCUAAUUCCACUGGAGAAGGCAGUCUGCACCAAGCUCCUAGAAGGCUGCAGUUUGUUGUAUUUCCCACCCACUGUGGGGUCUUGGAGUUCACACAACUGGUCAUUUUGCGGUCAAACUCCAGGCUCAGGUGGAUAACAGGAGUUUGCACAGACUCCACAGGGCUCUCAACCUGUUAAGUCUCACAGAGAGCUCUCCAGAGGAGCCUAACAAUGAAAGGCCAGAUGUGUUUCAUUUUUAUGUUUGGUGCUGGAGUAAAGAAACUGGAGUCAAAAAAAGCAAAGGAGAAACAGUCUCUGCUUUUAAGCAUUCUCUGCCUCUCUCCCUCCCUCAGCUCUCACAAUAUCCUCUCCUUAACUUGCUGAUGACUAAAUCCCCUGGUCUCAGGACCCAUCUCCUCCUUCUGAAAUGACAUCCAGUGAAAAAUGGAAAGCUAUACUGUGAAACCCCUCCUUGCCCCCAUAGUUAUUGCCAAGCAAUGAAAACACCCUUUUGACCUGGAAAAAAUUAAGACUCCAGGUUUGAGAUCUCGGUUAGCAGUCAGGCGCUGGGCUUUCCUCCCUAGCCUAGACCACAAUCACCCUGGUGGGUGGCUGGGCGCGGGGCUGCUUGGCAGGUGCUGGGCUCCCCAUCCAGCUCUGGCAUUAUUGCGUCACCUCGGUCAUUGUUUUCUGCGCAUCACCUCCAAGUUCAAAGCAGCACAAACCACCUAUUUCGCGUGAUGGGGACUCAAGGAGUCCUUUGAACUCCUUGCUAGUGGAAAUGGUCGGGACUAGGGGCAAAGAGGGAAGGAAAUUUGCAGGUCAAGAUGUAGUCUCCCCGCAGGGCUCUCCCAGUGGGGCUUCUGGAGCAGCAGUUGCCUUUGCUUUUCCAGGGUGUGCAGUCCCCACAGCCCCCGGCUAAGUCCACACGCACUGAAAGCCGAGGUUCCUGCAACGUGGUGAACUCACACUUUACGUUUUUGGAAGAGGAGGAGUCAGCUGGUGAAACCACAGCAGCCCAGAAGAAAAGCCAAACCCACCUUUAGGCCCAUUGUCCCAGGCAAUUCAUUGAUCUAAAACUAGGCCUGCUGAAUAGCAAAGACAGCUGUAGGUUUUUUUUUAAUUACAAAAUCAACAUUUUUUUCUUUAAGUAGUAAGUGAAUAUUUCCCACCUGUCUUCCCUGGGGGAGUUAACAGUUUGUGCUUUUCCUUCCUAGGCCCUUCCAGGAGCAUUCACAAACAUAUUCACAGUUUGUAUUUUACUAAAAUGCGAUUAAACUACAUCGUUGUUGUGUAA